GCGGUGCCUCCUCUCUCGGGGGCAGUGUACCAGGUGGGGAGGGGGGGAGGGAGAGAGAGCGACGUCGUCCCCCUGUCUCCGCUUGUGUGAGCCUGUCUUCUCUCCUCCUUUGAAGCGCAAGCAUCCCGCCUCAGCAAAGCCGAGCCCCGCGGGGCCUUGGGCGCGGACUAAGGAGGGAAGGAGGAGGGACUGCCUGGGUGCCCGCCACUCAGCAGAGGCAGCGAGGGGCUCGGCUUGGCUUCCCAAACUCGGGGCGAGAGCGAAGCAGAGGCGUCAGUCAGCGUCGUCGGAGCCGCCAAAGGAGCCUCAGGUAGCUAUGAGCCGUGUUGCUGGCAGGGGUAGCAUCUGGACCAUGGGUAUGGCAUGGGCAUUGCUGCUGCUGGGGGCCACUGCUGCGGGCCUGGAGGAUCGCUGCUUGUCUGGAGGAAAACACAAGCCCAGUCCAAGCUCAGAAGAACAGCUGGGCGUCUGUCAGAUCUAUGCAGAGAGUGCAUGUUGCUCACCAGAGAUAGCCCAGGACCUUUCCAAAGCCAAUGACAUCUACUGGAACCGCUGUGGGCACCUCAGCAGCAGAUGUGAGAAGUAUCUGGAACAAGUGGAGUGUUUCUACCGCUGUUCCCCCAUUGCUGCUCAGUGGCCUCACCCUCAAAGACCCACGGCAUUGCUGGCUGUGCCCCUCUGCCAGGGUUUCUGUGAUCGAUGGUAUGAUGCUUGCAAAGAUGACCUAACCUGUGCUCGGAACUGGCUUACAGAUUGGCACUGGGGUCCUGAUGGAAAUAACUGCAGUCAAGACUGUAUCUCCUAUGGCCAGAUGUACCAGAAUGGGAAGGAGUUGUGUGAGACCAUCUGGGAUGAUACUUUCACUGUCAGCACUGAUCCCUGUGAGUGUUUGACACUGACCGCCUCCGAUAUAGGCUCUCAUCCGCACCUCAGAGACAACACAGAGGAGCCGGAGAUCGCCAAGGCAAAAGGAAGCAAAAGGGAAGGCCGCCUUGUCCCUGGCAGGCUCUGCACAGGCAACCUACUGCUCCAGCGCCUGAGGAGGAACAUGCAGAAGCGCUCCGUCUUCAUGGAAGAUGUGGAGGGGAGUGGGAGCGGGUUCUGACCCAAGACAGCCACCCUUCCAGGGAAAAAAAUGACCCCCUUCCCUGUCAUCACCCGGGGCCUGGGGGGAUCGCUUGUGAUCUAUGCAAAUCCGCCAUGUCUCAUGUUACCAGCUUCUCAUUGUAUAGCUCUGUGUAACUUGGUGUGGCCAUGUCCUAGGAAGCUGACCGAGCACCUUAGCAGGGCUCUUGAGUCUGAUGCCUUUAGCAAUAGAGUUUACCUCCACCAAGACACCUCCCUUUCCUUUGGAAACCCACCCAGGGCCACUGCUUUCCUAAAGCUCCCCGUUUUGUAGAAGUAAAAAAAUAUAUGGUUGGAGACCAGUUAGUGGUGACUGCUCCACCUCCUGCUACUUUCUUUCCAACUGCUCCUCUCCCUACAAACCUGAGGCCAUGCCUCUGAGAGGUUGCCUGAUGGGACCUUCUACAAGUUCCCUUCUAACAAAGGAACAGCCACAAAGAUGGUUAUGCUCCAAAGGAACUUUCAAGAGUGGAAACCUGGAUGGAAAUGAAAUGAUGGGUUCAGACUAUAGCUAUGGCUACAGACAUAAUUGCCAGCAUAACUGAACUAAAAUGGUUGGGCUGCCACUGGUAAACGGAGGCAGAAGGCACACAAAAAAAACUACUGGCCACUAGGCUGGGUUAGACUGGUACAGUAAUGGGUGGCACCUAACAAUGCUGUAGUUACUUGGCAAAGAAUAGCUGCUAUACUAUUGAAUUUCACUUUUAUGCAAUCUAAUAGGGGCCAUGGAUAGGGAAGAAGAGAUUGUGUGAUAGUAUGGAGAUGCAGGCUACGUAAUUUUAAUAACACAGUGUAUAUAUUUCUUAAUCAGUGAAACAUUUAAUGGUGAGGGGGGUGAGAACUUGAGUCCUCAUGUCUGUGCUGUCCAUACCAGGCAUGGGCUAACUUUGGCCCUCCAGGUAUUUUGGACUUUAACUCCCACAAUUCCUAAUAGCCAGUAAGCUGGUUGGGAUUUCUGGGAGUUGAAGUCCAAAAUAGCUGGAGGGACAAAAUUUGCCCAUGUCUGGUCUACACCUUUAUGUAGCAUUUCUUGACAAAGGAAUUUGCUCCCAGGUAUUCAUGUGUAAUCACUGAUCAUUCUCUUCUCCAAAACACACAUUCCCUGCUUUCUCAGUUGCCUUUUUAUGCCCUUGCUUUUUCACCGUGUUCACAUGAAAUAAUAGCACAUCAUGCUCUGUUUCAAACCUACCUGUACUUGUGAGAAAAAUAAAAAUGUGUGCGUGUUAAAAGAAUUUGUAAGUAAA